AUAAACUUUAGUAAAUGCUUGUACUAGGCCAUUUGUAGGUAAAUACUUAGGAUUGAGUGAAUAAAAUAUGAAGUACAUACUUUAGAUCAACAAUUUACUUCUGUUUGUAGUAAGUAAUUAGCUUAUGUAGGAAAACCUUAGUUUUUCCGAGUUUUCACUUAAAAUUGAGUGAAUAAUGGGCAGUUAAAUACUUGUGUUGUUAGUAAAUACUCGAUAAUUUGUAAGGUAAGUGAAUAGUAUACUUACGGUUGAAAAUGGCAGAUUUCAUGCAGUUACGCGAGGGUAAAACAUAUCGAAAAAGACGGAAUGUUAGCCCUAGUCAGUCAAAACGUUUGUUGAGGUUUGAUUCAGAAAGCGUAGAUUUCUUAUGUUCCGAGUUUCUUCCAGAAAAUAAUGAACGUAGAGGCGGGGCACUAUCUGCAAGAACAAAGAUGGAGAUAUGUCUACGCUAUCUAGGCGAUCCAGGGUUUCAGAGCGGAGUAGCAGAAGACUAUGGGAUUCACCGCACUACAGCCUGCAAAACGAUAAGUUGGGUUCUUAAUAAAGUGUACCAGAAGUCAGAUCACUGGAUUAGAUUUCCAACAACUGUCGCUGAACUAAAUAUUAAAUAG